UCUAAAUGAAUACAUCUCACAAUUCUGCGUUGCAACGCAAUUGCUACUACAUUAUUUCAAAUAAAUCUGUAUGAAACACUAGCUCCUUUCUCGCUAUGAGAUGUCGUCGGACCAAAAAUCUGACAAGUACCCUCAGAACGGCGUUUUGUUACACCCAAAUAAUUCGAAACCGUCCAAAGCAAUGAAAGAGUUACUGGAUAAUGGCCACGUUGAAAGCAGCUCAGACCUGAGCUUUAAGUCUUGCCAAGGCGAGAUGGACCAAAGCGCUCCUUUUCAAAAUGGGUGUAUUCCACAUUUAGAAUCAGUUAAAGGACAAAACAACUCUACAAACGGUGCUAAUGAGUCUCUGCCCUCUACUAACGGCUCGUCAACAGGAUCGGACGCUAUUUGUUCUAACAUGGAACGCCUCAUGUUGAACGGGACCUCGCAAACCUCAAGUACAUGCAACAUAUCUUGGCCAGAAAAGAACGCCUUAAAACGAAAUAGUGAAAACGAAGUUUCGUCAUGGACAGCAGAAAACUCAGAAUUAGUCACGGAUCAAACGAAAUGCCUAAGUAGUAUUAAAACAGACUUAAAUACGAAUAGUAACAGUAGUAGUAGUAGCUGCAGUAACCAAGGUACUAGUACUUCCUCUGCUUGUUUGGAUAAAGACGGAGAGAACUUAAUAGACCCUCAGGUAGGAGUGGACAUAAGUGCCUAUGAAGACGAGAGAGACUUGGAGGGUAUCAUCGCCCUCAUCACCAAAGACCUCUCAGAACCCUACUCUAUUUACACCUACAGAUACUUCAUACACAACUGGCCACAGCUUUGUUUCAAGGCUAGACUGCGUAGUGGUGCUGGUGGUGUAUUUGUGGGUGCAAUAGUGUGCAAGUUGGAUCUGCACCGGAUGGCGAGGAGGGGCUACAUUGCGAUGCUCGCAGUCCACUCCCACUACAGAAGACACAAGAUAGGCAGGACUCUCGUCACUCACGCCAUCUCGGCCAUGAUUGCCGAGGGAUGCGACGAAGUUGUGUUAGAGACAGAAGUGACUAACAAGGCAGCCAUGCGACUGUACGAGCAAUUCGGAUUCAUCAGGGACAAGCGACUCCACAGGUAUUACCUCAAUGGAGUUGACGCCUUCAGACUCAAACUGUGGAUUACGUGACCCCGCACACCACUCUCUCACAGCACCCAUCCCUAUCUGCAACCACAACUAACCCCCGCCCACGGGCAAGCAUCGAAGGAUGAGUUGAUUGAUACCACACUCCGGGCGAGUUGCGUAGAACGAAAUUGAUUACUCACUCGAAGAUUUGCUCAACGUUGUUUUAAAUCUAGGUACCGUAGUCAACACUUGCUUUUUUAUAAUCUACAAAGAUUGAAGAAUAGUAAUACAUUUAACUAUUAUUAUGCAAGACUCGUAUUA